GCGAAUGCCAAUCACUUCUCGUCUUAAAGCGAGCUCUCACGAAACCCUAGCGGCCAACUCCACGCCUCAACUCCGUCCUCGAAAAGAAAAUGGUGAACGUUCCAAAGACAAAGAAGACUUACUGCAAGUCUAAGGAAUGCCGGAAGCACACCCUGCACAAGGUGACACAGUACAAGAAGGGGAAGGAUAGCUUGGCUGUGCAAGGCAAGCGCCGUUACGAUCGGAAACAGUCAGGGUAUGGUGGACAAACAAAACCGGUUUUCCACAAAAAGGCAAAAACCACCAAGAAGAUUGUGCUGAGGCUUCAAUGCCAGGGUUGCAAACAUGUAUCUCAGCACCCAAUCAAGCGUUGCAAGCAUUUCGAGAUUGGCGGAGACAAGAAGGGGAAGGGGACCUCUCUUUUCUAGAUGGCAAUUUGUUGUCAGUUUCAGUUCUUGUCUUAAUCCUGCACUUUGUUUUACCUUUUGGUUAAACUUUUAUCGGUAGAGCUAAAGUGUGUGUACACUAGUCUCUGGUUUUAAUUCAUCAAUUUUGUCGGUUCAUGCUUGCUUCUAGCAGGAAUUUCUGGAUGCUUGUUUCAAGUUCUGGUCAGGAUGCCAUAUUCUGUUUAAAAUGUUUGCAGUAUGUUUUUUUCUC